CUUUAAGUUACAUUACAGCUGAACGGGAGCAGCCUCGUUUCUACCAGCUAGCUUAAACCUGUUGAUACUAGACUGCUUGCGUUCAGCAGUAAUUUUACCAUGUGUAGGUAGUAACGACCAGCCUAUGUACGUUAAGCUAUUUCGAGCUAGUCGUUCGACUUAUAAAAUUUAUCUAAUUUGCGCAGCAGUAAGUUUUAGCUAAGGGUAGCUAGUAGCGACCAGCCUUUGUGCAUGAAGCUAUUUUUAGCUAGUCGUAGGGUACCGAAUAAAAUUUUUAGUCAGAGCCCUCUGUUUGAAUAAACAUACAUUUUUAUGUAUAUAGAAAAUUUGGCCAUAAUUGAUGGCCACCUAUCUUACAACGUGUCAACGUUGGAGGCUAAUUAAAGCAAAAUUUUGGAGUGGAAUAAGCACUGGCUGCUAUUGUUAAUUUUACUUUAUUUUGGUUGUCAUUUUCGUUGGAAAAAUCCAAGUGUCCAAAUGCCACCUAAAGAGAAAGAACCUUCUCGAUACUUAAAACGAAAAUGGGGAGUUGAAGAAGCAUAUUUGGAUCUGCAGCUACAUAUGAAGGAACAAAUAGAAUUGUCUAUCAGUGAUGUUGCAGAAAACGAAGUUCAACAGCUACAACAAUUGAUAAGUCCGUUGGAAAGUCGGCCGCCUGAGGUAAUUGACUUGCCUUAUGAUACGUGUGGAAAUACUGGAGACACUGACAUUGACAUUGAGGCUUCCAAUGCUGAUGACGAGUUAUUUGGAAACAACACUUACGAAGAAGAAGAUAUGGAUGAUUACAUUUUUAUGGUAAAAUGUGUUAUUAGUUUAUUAUUUGUUGAUAUCUCACAUUCUAAUACCAUAAAAUUGAAUGUUAUUGGAAGGCCUGAAAGACUGUGAUCGUGGCAAUUACCUUGCUUUAGUUUGCUUGGCAUAUAAACUGAAACAUAGACUAUCUAAUGCUGCGUUCAAGGAUCAUCUGAGAAUUCUGAAAUUGUUUACUGGAUCAACUGUCGAAGAAAUGACAAGUGCAGCCAAGUGUGCAGAAAAAUAUGAUAAGGUUAUACAACCAACUAAGAAGAUCUUUGUAUGCAAUGAAAAAAACUGCGAUACUGUACUGAAAACUGGUGCCGAUGGUGUACCUUUAGCUUCACAGCCAUGUGGCCAUCGCUUUAGCAAGGAAACAAAAAAUUGCUAUUUUUUAGUGCUAUCUAUCGAGCAACAAAUUCAGUAUUUGUUGGAGAGUGGCGCAGCUAAAAGGGUUGAUGAUAAGCAGAACCACUGUGACGGGAAAACAAGAGGAGAUAUUCAAACUGGAGACUUGUAUCGAGACAAAGUUAGAAUCACUGAUGAGCUCAUCAGUUACAUCACUCUGCAACUUAACACAGACGGAGCUGAGUGUCACAAAACAAGCAAAUUUACUUUUUGGGCAUUUAUGGGAGUACCUAACGAACUCCCUUACUGGUUAAGAAGAUCAAAUAUUCUCUUAUUCGCCUUAUGGUACGGUAACAAAAAGCCCCCAAGUGGACCUUUCCUUGAAGCCUCAAUAUCGGAACUCCAGCAGCUUGGGACCAAAGGAGUGCAGUUCAAUCAACGAACUUAUUUGGUGAAGCCAUUAAUUCUCACAACAGAUUCCAUGGCACGCAGUGUUUUUCUAAAUGGUUCCACUUUCCGAGGAGAGUGUGGAUGCGAUUUUUGUCUUCAUCCUGGAGAGAUGGUUAAAAUUGGCCGUGGAAGUACAAGAGUAUACCCCGAUCUGACCUCAAAUCCUACUUUUGCACCGAGAACUAUUGAACAGCACGAACGUGAUCUGAUGACUGUUCUGGGUAACGGGAAACGCCUCCACGGAAUUAAAGGCCCUUCUCCAUUUUUGGCUCUUUUGGAUUUUGAUUACGUCGAGGCGCAAGUACCGGAUUAUCUGCAUUGUGUCUGCCAAGGAGGAAUUAAAUUUCUGGUGGACUUAUGGACUUUGACCAAAUAUUUUAAACAACCUUGGUACUUGGAUGAAAAAAAAAAAAAAAUUUAG